AGAGCCGCGUUUCGCGUUAUCCAGGGCUGAAAGCGCGAUGGAGCCGAGCUGGUUCCAAGCGGGUGGCUCUCUGCUGGAAAGGGUCGCGGCCGACAGCCUUCUCUCCCUGCUUUUGGCCGCUUCUGCUUUUGCCCUGAGCUUGGGCUACUUGUUCCAGCUCGGCACUCGCCAGCAGCAGCAGUCUGCCAGCGGCCAGUUAUAGUCUUCUGAUUUUCUGGGAUCAAUUCCAUGCAAUUUUUUUGUAUGAUUAAGACCUCCUCCAAUCAGAGAAGUAUCCACCUUACAUUCCAUCAAAUAUCCCUUUUCUGGGACAUGCAAUUGCCUUUGGAAAAAAUCCUAUCCAAUUUUUAGAAGAUGCCUAUGAAAAGUAUGGGCCUGUAUUUAGCUUCACUAUGGUGGGAAAGACCUUCACCUAUCUCCUGGGCAGUGAUGCAGCUGCGCUCUUGUUCAAUAGUAAAAACGAAGAGUUGAAUGCAGAAGAAGUUUAUUCACGGCUAACUACUCCUGUUUUUGGCAAGGGAGUAGCUUAUGAUGUACCCAACGCAGUAUUUUUGGAACAGAAGAAGAUGCUAAAAACUGGUUUGAACAUAAGUCAAUUUAAAAAUCAUAUACCAAUAAUUGAGAAAGAAACUAUAGAAUACUUUAAAAGUUGGGGAGAGAAAGGAAAAAGAAAUUUAUUUGAAGCGCUUUCUGAACUAAUCAUUUUGACAGCAAGCCACUGUUUACAUGGGAAGGAAAUAAGAAGCAUUCUCAAUGAGGAAGUAGCACAGCUCUAUGCUGAUUUGGAUGGGGGAUUUACUCACGCAGCAUGGCUCUUACCAGGGUGGUUGCCUUUGCCCAGCUUCAGAUGCAGAGAUAGAGCCCAUCGUAAACUAAAAUCUAUUUUCUAUGAAGUAAUUCAGAAACGAAGACAGUGUUCUAUGAGAGAGGAUGACAUGCUGCAAACACUAUUGGAUGUUACUUACAAAGACGGACGAUCACUAACAGAUGAUGAAAUUGCUGGGAUGCUUAUUGGAUUGCUCUUAGCAGGCCAGCAUACAUCUUCAACCACUAGCACUUGGCUUGGCUUCUUUUUGGCUAGGGAGAAAUCAAUACAGGAGCAGUGUUAUGAGGAACAAAAAAAUGUAUGUGGAGAAGAUUUACCAUCAUUGACCUAUGAUCAGCUCAAGGAUUUGAAUUUAUUGGAUCGUUGCUUGAAAGAAACAUUAAGACUUAGACCACCUAUAAUGACCAUGAUGAGAAUGGCUAAAACUCCCCAAACUAUUGCUGGUUAUACAAUUCUACCUGGUCAUCAGAUUUGUGUAUCUCCUACUAUUAAUCACACACUUAAAGACUGUUGGGUGGAAAAUUUAAAGUUCAAACCAGACCGCUAUCUUCAAGAUAAUCCUGCAGCUGCAGAAAAGUUUGCAUUUGUGCCAUUUGGUGCUGGUCGUCAUCGCUGUAUUGGAGAGAACUUUGCAUAUAUUCAGAUUAAGACAAUUUGGUCAACACUUCUGCGUUUAUAUGAAUUUGAUUUAGUGAAUGGAUACUUUCCUGCCAUAAAUUAUACAACUAUGAUCCACACACCUACUAACCCAUUAAUUAUAUAUAAAAGGAGAUCACCAAAUGAGACACAUACAUUGUAGAGAAGCUUUUCUAGCACAGCUAAAGAAGUUGAUAGUUGCCUGUAAUUUGUAAAGAAAAAUUGAAAUUUUGUGUUACAGUUUGCUGUUCUUUUUUAUGUUUUAGUAACUUGAAUGUGUUUGAGCUGAUUUUUCUUGUUAAGUGAAAAUUCUUACUAAACAAAAUUUGUAAAGCUCAAAAAUAAUAUGGAUGAAAACACAUAAGAUGCCAUAAUUUAAAAUGGGGGAAAAAACCUAUAAUGCUAUCAAUGAAUUUUUAGAAAUACAAAAUCUAUUUCAGGUUGCUAUAACUUUGUAGAUAUUGGCAUAGUGAAUUUCUGUAUGAUUAACAAGACUCCUUCCUGGAAAACUGCUAUUAACAUGCUUACCAGAAGUGUCAUUAUUUCUUCUAAAAUAAAAUUUGAAUAGUUUUUUAAAAGCAGUUUAAAAUCAUUGGGGAAAAUCAAAUCUUGUUCCCUUCAUCUUAAUGACUGUCACGUCUGAUGCCUAAUAAGUUAACAUAAAGCAGGAUCUCUUCCAAACACCAUAUGAAAUAUUUGCUAUUGCAAUAUGAUAACUCUCUAAGAAGAAAAUAGCAAUAAAAUCUGCAGGAUUUAAAAAUAAUUUGUUAAAGUGGUGAUGUAUUUAGUAGAUCUUUUGCAGAAACUAGGAAUAUUCAAUUAUUGGGGAUGAUUAGAGGUACUAAUUUGUUAAAGUGGUUAGUGAGGUAUUAGUAGUUCUGGAGAAACUUGAAAUGUUUAAUCAUUGUUAUGUAACUAGGGAUAGAGAAUGUAUAGUGGAGAAAUGUCAUUUAACUAUUUGACCUUCAGUAAUGUUUUUAAUUAAAGAGAAUGAAAACUGACCGGUACUGUAUAACACUUGUCAUAUAUAAUCAUGUAUUGUAAACAGGUGGAUAUUUAAUAUUUCAAUCCGAUUCAUUCCCCUUUUAAUAUUCUAAUGGAAUAUAUAUUCUGUAUUAUUAGAAUAGAUAGAAAUGGAAUUUUAUAUAUAGAAUAUAUUCUAAUAUUCAUACAAAGACACAACAGAAUUCUUUAUCCAUUUAAAUGCUAUAAUCUUUGUGGCAACAAGCUUCUGUUAGCUUGGGUCUACUGUAUUUACAAUCCCAAGAAACCU